GAUAUAUAUGUAUACAGCAUAAAAAGAAAUAUCCCAAGUCGAUGGUCCGUUUGAUGCUCUUUUGUCCGUCGAAAGUUAGCUAAUAUGUGGAUUGGGCCUUGGAACCGGGAUGCAGAAGACACGAUAUUGACACAGAUCUCUUGUCCACGGUAUACGGUCACUACUGUUACUAGCAUGCCCUUGGUACGCGAAUCCCCCAUUGUAUGGCAUGGACGAAACAGUGUUCCAGGUACCGGCACCGGAUCCCCACGGCGUUGUCGCAUUUUCAGUCGAUAGAGAUGGCGUUCGGACUAGCAGCUCGUCCCAAAGACAUCGUCACCAGGCCGAGAGUUCACCGGCAUCAUCAGCAGCAGCAGCAGCGCAUUCGUCAUCCUGCAGACACAAGUCAGAAGCAUGGCCAAAGCAUCGAUUCAAAGGGAUGAAAGAGAGCAAAAGAAGGACGCAGAGUGGGGAUGCAGGUUCCAUUUCGGGCUUCGAUCGGGGUGAGUCAAGCCGUCCACGGAUGGAGGUCACAGAGUCGAUGGUGGCUUCUCCGCGAUGAUGAGUCAAAUCGAGGAACCAGCCGCUGCCCCGCCCGAUACGGCAGACGCGGGGCGCGAUGCGGGCGUGCGGAGAAAUUAUUCAUCAGAGGAUU